AAUGAACCCUAUAUUAUAAAGUGUUUUGAAUUCUCCUUAAUACUCUCGUUCAAUUCCAAGAAAAGAAUAUCAAUUUGCAAAUAUCUAUAGAGUACCUACAAAAUACAAAGCAAUGUCAUGGAAACCUUAUACUGCAAGAGAAAAAUCAGAAGAUUAUUUGGUUGAAUAAACGAGGCCAAAAAUAAGGAUUAGAUUACCGUCAUUAUAACAUUAAGAUUCAAGUGUGUCUCAUUAAUAAAUGUUACCUCAAGAAUCGGAGAAAGAGAAGAAAAUAGAAAUUACUACUAAAGUGAUGUAUUAUUUAAGCAGAAUGACUGGACCUGAAAAUGCUUCAAAGUCUAAGAAAUAUAGAGAAAAAGAGAUUCAAUCUCGAUUAAUGCCAGGAGUGAAUUCUUAUGAUGGACUUUAUGAUGAAAUGUAUGAAGAAGAUGAUAAUUGA